AUGAGUGUUUCCAGCAGACUGCUGCUGCUGAGCGCCGGCUGCGUCCCCAGCCUCUCCGUCUGGGCCCUGCCGGCUGCCGCCAUAUUCGCUGUCAUCGCCGCCUGCAUCUCUCUGCGAUACAGAGUGGUGCAGUGGCUGCUGUCCCUGGUGGUGGAGACGCGCCCCCUACACGAGGUGCUGCACGGCCACUACGUGUCGCGGCCGCAGGAGUCCGCCUCGUGGGUGCGGCUGGGCCGGCAGCGGCUGCUGCUGCUGAGGGACCCGCAGCUCGCCUGGCAGCUGCUGUCCGCCAACUUCCCCAGCUUCCCCGCCAGGGCGCGAACCCAGGCCUACGACGACGGGCUGUUCGCUCAGGAAGGAGAGCAGUGGAAGCGGGCCCGCAGCUGCCUGACGCCUUCCUUUACGCCGUCGGCCCUGCGCUCCGCCGAGCCGCAGCUGCGCGCGCACGCCCGCCGCCUGGCCGCGCUGGCUGGCAGGUCUGCAGCCGCUGUGUCGCCGCGGCAGCUGCUGGCCUACUGCACCGACUGCGUCGCCUCGGCGCUGCUCGGGCUGCAGACGCGGACCCUCGAGGACGCGGACGGCUGCUCGCCGUUCCUGGAGGCCGUCCAGCGUGCGCACGACGCCAAGACCGACCCUGGCCGCCGCUUCGUGUUCGAAUACCUGGGUCGAGCCGCAUUCGACGCUCUGGGGCUGGGACAACUACCCGACAAGAUUGCCAACUUCUUCAGAUCGGUGGCUGCUGUCAGUAUCGACCACCGUAACAGCAACCCUGUGUCUUCUCACGACUUCGUACAUCUGCUUACGAAGAAGAUGAAGCUGGAGGGCGCAGAUGAUAAGGCUGUCCUACAUGAAGAGUCAAUCAUUUUCAUCGUUGCAAUUUCUGGUCAGACCGCCGCCAUCCUGUCAGCUGGAGCUGGAGAGACCAGCCACGUGCUGCAGCACUGCCUCCUGGAGCUGGCCGCGCAGCCACAGCUGCAGCAGCGACUGCGCUCUGACAUUGCUUCUGCUCAAGAUCCAACUGCGCUGCCUCUGCUGGAAGCCGUUGUUAAUGGUGAGCACAACGCCUUUGCAAUCUGCAUUAUAACACGUAAUAUAUUCUGA